AUGGUGGCGAGCCUGCGCUUUCUCGCUACCUUGAUGGCCGUUGCCGUUACCAAGGCCAGCCUCGAAGACCUGGCCUCCUGCGAUCCUCUGCGGAAGGGCACAUUCUGCCCCCCAGAUCCGGCCUUGGCCGGUAACAUCUCCAUCGACUUCUCCAAGUCCGGCUGGGACGGCGGACUCGAAGACUUCUGGAGUGUGGACGAAGCCAGCCUCCAUGACAAAAAAAGGCUCGAUUUUGAUACGGAUGGUAACGAUGGAGUCGCCAUGACAAUCUCCAAGGAGGGCGGUGCUCCGACCUUGACAAGCAAGAAAUACUUGCUGUUCGGCAGGGUCAGCGUCACGCUCAAAGCUGCCAAGGGACGUGGUCUCGUCACGACACUUGUAUUGAAGUCUGAUUCUGGCGAUGAGAUUGACUGGGAGCUUCUCGGCGCAUUCGACAACCAGGCGGCCACCAACUACUACUACGACGGCAAGGCGCGGUACAACGUCUACAAUACGACGUACGCACUCUCUUCCUCAUCCUUUGACGCCUUCCACACCUACAGCGUCGAGUGGACCGAGUCAAUCCUUGAGUUUUCCAUCGACGGCCACGUCCGACAGACCUGGCGUUUCGGCGACAUUGCCCCCGGCGCCUGGCCCCAGACGCCGAUGCGCAUCAAGCUCGGUCUCUGGGCCGUCGGCGCCGGUCCCGACCGGAGCGGCCCCACCGACCCCACCGUAGAUCGCGGUGAAGUCGCCUGGGCCGGAGGCGAACCCGACUGGGGCCGUGAUGCCGGUCUGCACCCCUUCCGAGCCUACUUCCGCGCCCUCGAGAUUGAGGAUUACGUCGGUCACUGCGACGACAUAGACGACGCCUCGAGCAGUGACGAAGUCGAGUACCAGUACGAUGAGAAGACCUGGGGCUGGCAGAACGUUCGCAUUCGGGGCUGUCGUAGCCGUCGGAGCGCGCCUCUUGUGCCGCCGUUGCCCGUUGCCGAACAGGAGCCAUCGGCGACAGGUCACGGUCCUUCCCCCUCACCAUCGGAGGAAUCUGACGAGGAUGACGAGAGUCGUGCGGCGGUCCUGGGAUUUGCGUCGUCGCCGCCACUGGCCGCCCUUGUGUGCCUUGGAUGGCUGUUCGCUUGGUAG